AUGAAAACCGACCUGGAGCUCGCCUUGGAGUGCGUCGUCAACAUCUACCACCAGUAUGCCAUUAAGUACCCCAUAGAUGACUACCUGAGCAAGACUGAGUUCUCAGAGCUGCUGAAGGAGACCGCCAAGCCCUUCCUCCACAACACCAUGCCGCCUAACACGUCCGUUGAUGACUACAUAAGCAAGCUCUUCACCAGAGCAGACCGCAACCACGAUGGUCGCCUGAAGUUCACCGAGUUCCUGACCACCCUGAAUCUCGUGGCCAUUGAUGCCCACAAUAGGUCACACCAGCAUCACAGGAGCCACGACCACCAUCCAGAUGCUGGUCAUGGCCAUGACCACGGCCAUGGUCCCAAUUUCUGUGGGUACCUCAAGUGCUCAGCCAUGUCUGCAAGCACCCAGCCCAGAACCACCCUUCCCGAGACUCGGCAGUUCCCUGGAAACUGCACGCUGGAGAUGGCCCUGGAAACCGUGGUGAACGUCUACCACCAUUACAGCAUCCGGGAUGGCCAGCUCGACCUCCUCAGCUUCAGCGACUUCCAGAAACUGCUGACUGAGCAGGCACCGACUUUCCUGCAAGCUUGCGACAGGAACCGUCAUGACUACCUGAACAAGCUCUUCAAAGAGACAGACUUAAAUAAGGACAAAGAGCUGUCUUUCGAGGAGUUCACCAUCAUCUUGGCCAAGCUGACCGAUGAUGCCCAUCGCAUCAGCCACAGGGACGAUCGCUGUACACCAGACAAGGAUUGA